GAUACCUCGGGCUGGAGAGUUCCAUGGCUGAGAGUAGGCUCCCUGUUACGGACCCAGGGGCUCGGCUGGGCAUCUCCAGUUGUCUGGGAAAAUACCAGAAAAGCUCACGAGGUGCUAGGAAACAGCCAUUUUCUGGAAAGUCCUUUUACUUGGAUCUGCCUGCUGGCAAGAAUCUCCAGCUUUUGACGGGAGCCAUCCAGCAGCUGGGUGGGGUAAUUGAGGGUUUUCUGAGCAAAGAAGUAAGUUACAUCGUGUCCAGCCGCAGAGAAGCAAAGGCAGAAAGUGGUGAGACAGGCCACAGAGGCUGCCCCAGCCCCAGCGAGGUCAAAGUGGAAACAUCCUCUGUAGCCAGUCCCAAAGGCAACCAUGCCAGGCCUUCACAGAAACCUGUGCACUCGGUGCCUAUGAGCAGAGGGAAGGAGCUUCUGCAGAAGGCCAUCACAAAGCAGGGGAGCAGCAGCGGAAGAGGCAGUGGGAACAGCAGCAGCCUCCUGACCAAUGCCCGCUCCUGGGGAGUAAGGGUCCUGCAUGUGGACGAAAUGAUGAUGCACAUGCAGCAGCUAUCCCAUGGUUCUUCAUGUGUAAAGAAACAAGAACCGAAGCAGCAGGAGGGAACACAUCCAGGAGUGGAGUCAAGAACGMGGAAAGUGGCCAGACUAAAGGCACCAUUCCUCAAAAUCGAAGAUGUGAGCAUGAAGUUUCGUCCUUUCCACCAUCAGUUUAAAUCCUUUCCUGAAAUUUCUUUUCUGGGACCCAAAGAUGCAAGUCCCUUUGAGACCCUGACAACCCCGGGCAGCUCACACUGUACCAGAGAACUUAAGGACCAAGAGCCAAGCGUUCAGUCAGCUGUGUGCACCAUGCCCAGGAGGAGGAAGGGCUAUUGCGAGUGCUGCCGGGGGGCCUUUGAGGAUCUGCACAUGCAUCUUCAAAGUGCCCAGCACCAAGCCUUUGCCCUAGAAGCCCGUUCAUAUGCAGAAGUUGAUCGGAUCAUCGCCCAGCUCAGCCACAGCUUUAUAGAAGUCCCUUCCCAGGCCAGCCUCCCCAGGCAGUCAGAUUCCACAGCUUCUGAAUGUGACGCUCUCCAUCCUGACACAUUGUCCCCAAGCCAACCCUYCCCUCCCAGGGUAGCAUCUCCUGGGAUGAGGAAAGAAGAUGACUGCCAGAUCCCAGGUACCCCAGAGCAGGAUGGAAUGGUGGACAACCUGGAAGCAUCAUCUGAGCCUGCAGGGACUGGCCAGGUACCUGGACCACUAGCAAGUUGCCAGGAGCUAGGGGGACCAAUUGAUGUGCUUGUGGACCCUUCAAAAACACCAGUUUCCAGGAGCCCCACUUACCGGCACCUCCUGCCCAGCUCUGAUUUUAUGGACCUCUCCUCUGGCCUGGACCUGGCAUCUGUUGGUCACAAGCGGAAGAUUCAGUUCCCCAGCAGCAUCGCUGAGAAGAGGCCAAAUGCCUCAUUUCUUGUACCUGGAGCYGCCAGCCCCUGUGGCCCCAGGACAGCUGAUAGCAGGCAUCUUCCUCUUCCCAGCUGUGAAUCUAAGCCCCAAGCCUCCCUCCGGCCCUUUUGCCACACACAGGCCUGCUGCUCCCUCCCAGACCCCUUACCCUGGCAUUCCACAGACAGACCAGUUGAGUUUUGGACCACACAACCCCCCUGGCCUGGGAGAGAAUGGCUCCUGGGACCUGAGGAUUCUGAGUGUACAGCCCCUGGUCCUAUACCCCAGCAGACUGACCAGCCCCCUAGCUGUUCCACAGGCCCCAACCAGCUGCGGGCCCACCUGCACUCCCCCGUGGGAGGGCCUGCAGGAAGCCAGGCCACCUCACUUCCCCAUCCUCUGCCAGCCAGCAUGGGAGCCAGCUGCUCCAGAUGGUUCUGGGCCCCUUCAUCUCUCCAAGUGCCUUGUCUCCCUGUCUCSCAGGCCCAGCCCUCACCCAGAGCUGCUUCUGUGAGUCCCUAGGUUUUCACACAACCGGCCAGCUCCAGCCCACAGAGCCACAGAUCUAAGUUCUACCUUACUUGGUGUUAUACACUGGCCAGGGCCAGCCAAGACCAGGGGAGUGGAGCCCUAGGUCUGGUCUUUGAGGUACAAGUAAGUAGCUAUGCCCAGCCUUGCRGAGCCCACAAAGCAGACCUCCUGCCUGCAGGUUUGGGGGAAGGACCGAGAGCCUUAGGUAGGGGCUGCUCUCUCCUGCCUCUACCUCCAGCCAUGGCCAGCCCCACACCCGGAGGCAGAGGCCAGACUGGCAUAGGGAAGGAACCAUGAAGAAGCUGGGGUGGCAGGAGGCCUGCUGGCCCAGCAUCCAGG